UAGACUGAAACUGCAAGAGUGACAUUUGUUAUCCCAGUUACCACGCAAGGCUAACAUUAAGCUUACAUUAGCGGUAAGGUUAGCUUAUCGUGUCACCCUGUGACGUCGUAUAUGUGGGACAACUGGAGCUCAUGCAUAGUUACUGGUUAACAGUCCUCCACUUGUGUUUCUGCUUUGAAACCGAGGAACUACCAUGCAUGUUAAAGAGGACACCAUGGCCAUUUUAAAGCAGUUUGACAUUGGUAACAAAUCCUCCUCUGUAACGGUGCUGCCCAAAGCCUCAGUACUGAUCCCACUGACUGUGAAGAACGGAGAGCUGUGCACCAUGAUGACCCUGCGUUCAAAAGAGCUGAGGACCAGUGCUGGUGAGGUGUGUUUCCCGGGUGGAAAGAGAGACCCCAGCGACAGAGACGAUGUGGACACAGCUCUGAGAGAGGCAGAGGAGGAGAUAGGUCUACCACCUGAUGAAGUUCAAGUGGUCUGUACACUGGUCCCUAUCAUCAAUAAGAACGGUCUGUUGGUGACCCCGGUGGUUGGCUUCAUAGACGAGUCAUUUUGUCCCCGUCUAAACCCAGCUGAGGUCAGUGCCGCGUUCACAGUCCCACUGGACUUCUUCACCAGCAACAAGGACCACUAUGCUACCCAUGGUGGUGCUGGGACGAUGGGAUUGAUGCACUCUUUUUAUUUUGUGGACCCUGACUCAGGAAGCCAGUUCCACAUAUGGGGCCUCACUGCCAUGUUUGCCAUACUGGUUGCUACCCUUGCUCUCAAGAAAAAACCUGAGUUUGAUGUUGUUUUUGACCCUGACAAUCCGCUGCCCUUCUUCCAAAAGAUUCUACAUAGAAGAACUAGUAAAUUAUGACCAGCUGUUUUCCUGAUGUUUUUAAUGCCUUGUGCCAAUACAAAAUACCUGAAGCCAGAUUUGUUAUACAACUGCAGUGCAUAUAUUUACAGCAUAAAUUGUGAGGAUAAGAGUACAAUGUGUAACAUGCAAUAUUUGUUUGAAAAGAUUAAUAUGAAAACCUUUCAGAAUUAAAAACUUAAGAGGGGGGAGAAAAAAAAGCAGAUAAAGACAUUUACGUUUUUAUUAAUUCAUUUAAUGUAGCAGCAGGAUUACAGAUAUAAACAGAAGAGUAUACAAAUGUCCAGACCAAGGCAAAGUACAUGUUAAUAAUAGUUCAGAUGUAUGAUAACACACUGGGGUUGACCUUUAUCCCGACUGCAGGGUCUUAAGGCUAGAUACUAAAGCUCAAGCUACACAGAACGGAUACAACAGAACUGUUGGAGAAUGUGAAAUAGAAAGCGAACUAGGAAAAGUGAGCAAACUGAUUACACACAAGAUACAGCUCACACUAUUGGCAAUUAACAGUUAAUUUAUCAUGGUUGUUCCUUUUGAUCAAGCAGUUCACAGCAACAAUAGUAAUGUUGACAAGCACAUCAACACAAGAGAGCUCUCCAUAAAACAAUCUCCACUGUCUCGUCCCUUUUACCUCACAUGUACAAAUCUCAU